CCCCCCCGCCAUCUCCACUGCACUGCACUGCACUCCCUCCGUUCGAACGCACCGGCCAUCCUCACCUCCGCCGCCUGUGAGCAUGGGGGUUCGCCGGAAGAUCCUGUGGAGGCUUUCUUUUCUGUUCGGCGCACCGAAUCGCCGAUCUCCGCCGCUCGCCUUUCCUCGCUCCGUACGCCACACCAAGCUGCUCCUCUCCAUUUUGACCUUGGUCGCCUCCCUGCUCUACCUUCUUGGUCUCAAGGAAACCCUAACCGUCAUCGCGUCCCUAUUGUACUGCGUCUGCUUCUCUAGCUUCUUCCUUGCCAAAUUCAUCGCCUUCCUCCGUGGCAAGCGCGGGAAGAAGAGCAGAUCCCGUGUCUCUCCCCUCGAAACUAUUCUCACGGACGACGAAAUCGUCGCGUCUGUGGUCUCCGGCGAGACGCCAUCUGAGGAGCUGGAGUCCGCGACCGGCGAUUGCGAGAGGGCUGUCAUGAUCCGGCGCGAGGCCAUUCGGCGGGUCACCGGAAAGGGCUUGGUGGGAUUGCCGCUCCAUGGGUUCGAUUACGCCUCCAGCUCGGGGCGAUUCUGUGAGCUUAAAGUGGGGUGCCUACAGUUGCCGGUGGGCGUACCUGGGCCUCUACUGCUCGACGGGAGCCAGUACUAUGUACCGAUGGCAACCACCGAGGGCUGCCUGGUGGCCAGCGUGUCCAGGGGUUUCAAGGCCAUCGCAUUAAGCGGAGGCGCCUCCAGCGUCAUCUUUGGGGACGGUAUAACGCGGGCGCUGGUGGUGAGACUACCGUCCGCGGCCAGGGCAGCAGAGCUCCAGGCCUUCUUGGAGAACCCCGACAAUUUGGAGAUCCUCACAGAGUUGUUCAAUAGGUCUUCCAGAUUUGCGAGGCUACAGACAAUCAGAUGUGCUCUGGCCGGGAGGAACCUGUACAUGAGAUUCAGAUGCAGCACACAAGAUGACGUGGGCAUGAACAUAAUCUCCGAAGGCGUCAAACAUGUGUUGGAUUACCUUCUCAACAAUUUCAACGACAUGGAAGUCAUCAGCACCUCAAGUAAUCUCUGCUCUGAAAAUAAGCCAGUUGCCGUGAAUUGGAUUGAAGGCAGGGGCAAAUCAGUGGCUUGUGAAGCAAUCAUCAAGGAAGAAGUGGUAGAGAAGGUUCUCAAGAUCAAUAUACCUGCACUUGUGGAACUCAACAAGAUCAAAAAUCUAGUUGGCUCUGCACUUGCAGGAUCUCUUGGGGGGUUCAAUGCUCAGGCCAGUAAUAUUACAUCUGCUAUCUUCAUUGCCACUGGCCAAGAUCCGGCUACCAAUGUCGAGAGUUCUCAGUGUAUCACCAUGAUCGAAGCUUUGAAUGACGGAAAGGAACUUCAUGUUUCUGUGACUUUGCCAUCAAUUGAGGUUGGCACAGUUGGCAGAGGGACUGAGCUAGCUCCACAAGCUGCCUGUUUGGAUCUGCUCGGUGUGCAAGGCGAAAGCUUGGAAUCUCCUGGCGCAAACGCCCGGCGACUGGCCACUAUCAUCGCCGGCACAGUCCUCGCUGGGGAGCUCUCCCUCCUCUCGGCUCUCGCAGCUGGGCACCUUGUGAAGAGCCACAUGAAGUACAACAGAUCCAGCAAUACGAAUAUCGGACAUCAGAUCAAAUAAACGGCCGUUUCCGUAAGAAGCCAUAAUUAAGCCACAAAUAGAUCUUUAGGUAAAAAUAAUGUAUGCGGUCUUAUGCAAAGCUGAGUAUGUUAAAGUUACCCUCUAAGUUUAGCAUUUAAAUUUACUUACCCUCUAAG